GAAAUGAUGAGAGGUGUUGAGAGAGUGAAGGAGUUUCUUAGACCCUUGGUUGAUUCCAGAGACUGGGACUUUUGUGUUAUCUGGAAACUCGGUGAUGAUCCUUCUAGGUUUAUUGAGUGGGUGGGAUGCUGCUGCAGUGGUAGUUAUAUUGAUAAGAACAUUAAGCAUGAAAAUGUGGAAGAAGAAGAAGAAGAGAGACAAAAGAUGGGGUCUAUUUGCAGAGAUGAACACAACAAGCAUCAUAUAAGAAGCCUAGCUUGUGAAGCUCUUUGUCGUUUUCCUCUCUUCAUACCUCUCUAUCCCGGGAUUCAUGGAGAAGUAGUCAUGUCAAACUCUCCCAAAUGGCUGGUUAAUUCAGGCCCAGGAUCUAAACAGGAUAUAUUCAGAACAAGGGUUCUUGUCCCUGUGCGUGAUGGUCUAGUUGAGCUUUUCUCCUUCACAAUGAAACCGGUUGAUGAAAGCAUGGUUGAUCUAAUCAUAUCGCGUUGUAACGCCUUCUUUGAGCCAUUCACUGAACAAACACUCCCAUGUGGAGAACAAGCGCCGUGUUUGAUGAACAACAAGGAAGAGGGUGUGGUGAUGCAAGACCUGACAAAGGAAAACUUCAAAUCAAAGAAUCUUCAUUCAGAGAGAAAAAGAAGAGAGAGGAUUAAUCAGAGAAUCUAUGCUCUAAGAGCCCUAGUCCCUGUUAUUACAAAGAUGAAUAAAAAUGGAACUCUUAGUGAUGCGGUUGACUACAUCAGUGAACUGCUAGUGGAGAAGCAGAAACUUGAAGAUGAGCUGAGUGGAAUCAACGAGGUGGAAUGCAGAGCGGAGGAAGAAGCUGUGAUAGCUAAUCCAGAAGCUGAGAAAGUUUCCUCUAAACUCAACAAGAAUGUGAACAACGAGGUGAAUCUUGAAGUCCACGAGACUGGUGAGGGAGAUUUCUUGAUUCGUGUUGCGCAGGAGCAUAAACAAGAUGGAUUCAAGAGGUUGAUAGAAGCUGUAGAUUCUUGUGGACUUGAGAUCAUCAAUGUCAAUGUCACCAGACUCGAUCUCACAGUCAUGACCAUUCUCAAUGUUAAGGCGAAUAAAUACGGAAUUACACGUGAAGAUCUGAGAGAUUUGCUGUUCAAGAUGAUUAUAACUUCAGUUGCAGUGUCUGUAAAACACUCUACAUAACCAACCAAACAAAUGUUUUGUUUGCUUGAGCUACAAGUUACAGCUUAGAUCUGAUUCUCACAACCUUUUUGGUG